CAUGUUGUUACUUUUCACUCUUUUUUCCGGAAGCGGAAGCAUUGUACUUGAAGUUUUGGAAUAGUUUUGGCAGAUGAUUCAGUGCACUAGAUACUUUCUAACUAUCCGCGUGCGAUCAUCAUCACGUCCCGUUGAGAUGGUGAACCGUCCUCCACUGUAGUAUCCUGUCCAAGCUAAGGACAUGGAGGAGUGCGAGUCCCCCCCUGCCAGAGUCAAGAGGAUGGCCUGGGCUCAGAGCCGAGGCUCCUGGCAAGCUUCUGAGUCUCAGGACCAGGGCGCAGAGGAGCCGCUGUCUGAACAGCCUAUGGAGGAUAAGACUCCGACAGCCUCAGAAACAGGUCGUAAACCAAAUCAAGUAGAGAACUGGCUCAGGACCUGCAGGACUCCUCUCGGGGCCUCUUUGGAUGAACAAAGUGGCACUCCGUCCAGAGGACCAUUGAAGAAUGGCUGCAGCUUUGAAGAUGACCUGUCCCUGGGAGCUGAGGCCAAUCACCUCCAGAAGAGCAGCACAAAAAUGGUGGCCAAUGGCUAUGAAAUCGCAGCUGAGGCCAAAAGGAGCCAGUUCAAGCAGAAGGGCAGAAGUAUGAACUCCACAGGCUCUGGAAAGAGCAGCACCACUGUGUCCAGCGUGUCAGAACUUCUGGACCUGUAUGAGGAGGAUCCAGAGGAGAUCUUGUACAACCUCGGCUUUGGGCUUGAGGAGCCUGACAUCGCCUCAAAAAUUCCUUCUCGUUUCUUCAACUCCUCUUCUAGCGCCAAGGGCAUCGACAUCAAGGUUUACCUGGGAGCCCAGAUUCAGCGCAUGGAGCUGGAGAACCCAAACUAUGCCCUGACAAGUCGGUUCCGUCAAACAGAAGUUCUGGCCACGGUGGCAAACGUCUUCUCUGAGAUCUACUCCCAAGUGUCUGGAAGACCCAUGGAGAGAAUCUGCAGUGGCGACACGGAGACUAAAACCCCCACUCCAUUAAAAAGGAAUAAUUCCGCUCUAAAUGUAGCCAAGAUCCUAAAACGGAACAUUACGAAACAGAACCUGUUGGCCUCUGCCAUGGAAGGAGCAGCCAAACCUCUUUCAGCGCCUGACACUGACAACACAGAAGGUGCAAUCUCUGACGCACGGGCCGGACUCAUGGAUACCGAGCACAAACCACAGCAGAAAGGCUUUAGGAAAAAAGAUUCAUCUCUGGCCACAGUGACUGAAGAGGCCCAGCAAAGUAUCUCAGAGGCUUCAGUCAAUGGAGACCUCCCAGAACCUUUGCCCAAGGACUCUACGUUAAUGAAUGGUGACCAGUCCACUGAGACACCAGCUCUGGAUAAACACAUGCCACAUUCCCCCGUCCAGGUGAACAUCAGUCGGGUGUCCGACGAGAGUGACUUCAAGAAACCUGAGUGCCAGGAUACCAUCACUUCCACCCUAGAUAAAGAACCGUCCAACCUGUUGCCCAACCCACACAUAGCCCAUCUGCUCAGCCAGCCCAGAGACUCGUUUGAAAUGGAGGAGUUGCAGAGUAAUGAGGAUGAAGCUCUUCCUGGUCCUGGUGGCAUGUCUCGAGCUGGCAGCGAGAGGUUAUUGAGGACUGCCAGCCAGCAGUCUGACAGCAGCGGGUUUGCUGAGGACCCAUCCACAGACGGUUCCGGUAAUCACCUGAAGGUACAGGAAAGCUCAGAUAGCUGUGACAGCGAAAACACAGUGACAUCACAUGCAGGAGAAGUCAGAACAUCCAUAUCAUUGGAGUACCCCAACUUUGAGAGGUUACAGUUUGAGGAAGCCCAUCCUCAGUCCAACAAAGGGACAUUUAGCCAGAGUGGAGCCAACCGAGAAGUCCCUGAGAUCACCAGCCUCCAGAUUCCCAGUUCAGACUCUGACAAUAUUAGCACCAAUGGACCGCUCCUUUCUCCUGACUCUGAUAGGGCUUCCAUAGUUGAAUGCAAUUUCAACACAGCACAAAAACCCACCAGAGACUCUCCAGAAGUGGAUUUGAGUACGAUGGUAGAUCCUGCAACAGAUUCCAUCUUGGAUGUAGCUCAUAAAGGCAACCUAUCCCAGCCUGGUUUAGGCAUAGAUCUCGACUCUGAGGAUUUACAUCCAUCCUCCGGACCAGAGUCUUCAGAUCUUCCAGAGUCUUCAGAUCUUAAGCAAUGCCACCCUACAACUCAAAGAAGACAAAUGGCCCUCCAAACAGCCCAUCAGAGGUCAUCCUCUGUGGACGAGGAACAUCCCGGCCGCGUAUGGGUGAGGGACAGGAACUUGCUGAGGGAAAGCUUGGAGAGGAAUCCUUUAAGGAGAUCUAGCUCCCUCCCAACACCUCCGCUCAGCCCAGCUCGAGUGGUCACCUCCAUGAGAAUCCAACUCGGAAAGGGUUCGGUCAAGCAUUGUACCCCACCCUCAUACUCGUACCGCUACGAUGGAGAGAAUCGCAGUGACCGAGAAGAAGUGGAUUCCAUUAUGGAAGAAGAUGAAGUGGAUCAUGCUGGUGGCCAAUCAGUUCUCUUAAAUUCUGCUCCAGCAGGUGGUUUAAAGACAGGCAGGGGAACACCACCACACCUUCUCAAUAUACCCCAGCAUCUGACUCGCUCUUCCAGCUCGCUUUAUAGCGUCCCUGCAGACUGGCCUCAGAGGCCCUUGGGAGAAGGUCCAAACUGGAGCACAAGUAGCGUCCCAAACCUUAGUCAAUUUACAGGUCCGGGCCACCCUGCUCCUCUUCCUCCUCAUGGGUCCUUCUACUCUCCACAUCAAGGAGUGGCCUACAACUCCUCAUACCCUACCAGGCUUCCCCACCACAAUCCCUACCCACAACCACAGAGCUCACCACAUCCUCAACCUCUUCAGAGCAAUACAUUUACUCCACCACAGGGGGCGCCAUUUACACCCCAUCACAGUAUGCAUUAUGCUCAUCCUCACAGUGUGCCUUACAGCCCGUUCUACUCACCUUAUCACGUUACUCAGGGAGCUCCCUUCGGCCCCUCGUUGAACAUGCACGGCAACCUGUAUCAACCUCACGUCCCUCUCGCGCAAUCCCACAGCGCCCCCUACAGUCUGGGCUACAAUGGUUCUCCUCAUCACCCUGGCGCCCCCUACAGUCAUCCUUAUUAUCCAUCUCCCCCCUUCCCUUGCUCAUUUGAGACGCCUCCUGCCCCCGUACCUGCAAUGGGAAGCACAGAGAUGCAGCUCAGGAGGGUCCUACAUGACAUUCGUGGGACAAUGCAGAAUCUUGGUCAGAGCUCAUCUGUGCACGGAGGACACACACCCACUGACAGGAUCAGUACACCACGCUCUGUCCAACUGCUUUAUGAGGAGCUCCAGAUGCGGCGCAGGAGUCUGAAUGUCUUCCGGACUCAGAUGAUGGAUCUGGAGCUGGCUCUCAUGAGACAGCAGUCAAUGGUCUUCCAGCAUCUUAGUCCAGACGAGAGGCGGGAGGCAGAACAACUUCAAGCACUGCGGACUGCAGUCAGGCAGGAGCUACAGGACUUGGAGCUGCAGUUGGAAGAUCGUCUGCUGUCCCUGAAUGAACAGAUGCGCAGCAGCUCACAGCACAGCAACCUCUACCGACACCACAUGGGCAUGCACAGAGGUCACAGCAUGGACAGCCUGUCUAAUUCUUCAGCACUGCGGGCCAUGGAGCCGGUGACGGACCUCCUGAAGGAGCAAUUGUACCUUCAGUCUGAACUGGGAUAUGAGGCUGUCACACCCAGUUCUGGCCGCUCAUCGAGGGCUUCCAGCCCUGGAAGACUCAACCAGACGCUCGAGUCUUGCUUUUCUUCCCCGCAGGGAGGCAGCGUUUAUCGGGCCACCCUUAAUCUCACCCCCACCGUCCCUCCACGGCCUGGAAUGGAGGUUGCUCGGCCCGUUUCUCCAGAGAGGAUGGAGGAGAGCGUGAUACCUGCUUCCUUGGAGUUGAACAGAGAUGAGGAUGAGAUGUCACUGGAUGGUCGCAGGAGCAGGUCGACAGAGGUGUGCACUCCCACUGAAUGGAGGAGUAGAGGUGGAGGGAAUGGUGACCUGCAGCAUCUCAUACAGGAGAUUAAAGAAAGUAUUGCACAUGAAAUCAGGCAGGAGAUUGUGAACGAGCUUCUGGCUGCUGUGUCACCACAUAGAUCUCCUCUCCCAGCCAGGAAGCCCCCUGUGUAAGAAUCAUAACAGAAUGGAGGUUGGUUUUGAUGGACCACAUUAUGCACAAUACAGAACUGUUUUGAACUUUUUGAAAUAAGUCUCUUAUGCUUACCAAAUCUGCAUUUAUUUGAUUACAACACAGUAAAAACAUAAUAUUGUGACACAUUAGUACUGUUUUCUAUUUUAAUAUGUUUUAAAAUUUAAUUUAUUCCUGUGAUGGCAAAGCUGAAUUUUUAGCACCAUUACUUCAGUCCUCAGUGUCACAUGAUCCAUCAAAAAUCAUUCUAAUAUGCUGAUUUGGUGCUAAAGUAAUAGUUCUUGUUGGGAAAAAAAAGUCACUUGAAAAAUAUUCAGCAUUCUAUUCAAUAUUUGUGUGGGCUGUGUAAUUUUACUCUCAAUAGAAGGCAACAGGAAGGCAGCUCACUGGGUUUUGGAACAAUCUUAUCAAUCAAUAUUACUGUUUUGUUUCCUUCGGCAGGUGAAGAAGAAGUAAAUCCUGUGAAAUAGUCACAAUGAACACUGGUAAAAGCUUUGCACUGAGAACGCCCCAGCACCUCUCUCUGCUUCGGUCUGUGAAGCCCUUCCAGACUCGACUGCUUCUGGACUUUAAAGCUGCAGGGAAUCUGCUCAUGCAUUUGAGUCCAGAUUCCACGUUUGCAGUGGUUGAGAUCUUCCACUGUCCGAAUCCACAAAGGGCACACAGCUUAUUGUGAUAUCCGUCUGGUACAUAUUACUGCAAUGUAAUGAAUCUUUUGGGAUGUAUUCAAGUAUGUGAUGCAGGUCUUAUUGGAUGUUUGCAGCAGUUGAAAAGAUUUGUGGGAGACUAAAGUUUUCUGUGCAAGUGUGUCUUUGUCUAGGACAAAAAUGUCUACUGUAAUCAGACUUGUUUUCUAAUUCAGCCUCUGUGAGGAACUAAACUAACUGUGCAAUACAUUUCACUUUUUUCUCUCAAACUUGAACUGACCAGUCACAACUACUGUUCUGCUCACCGCUGUCUUCAUUUCCUGUUGAUGGUCACAUACUGUAUGUAUAGACACUUAAGUCUUCAAAGCACAUUCAUAAACAUACUGUCCUGUGAGAAGAAAAAAGCACUAAAUACUAUAUAUAUACAUUAGCACGUCCAUAAAAUAUAUUUUUAUUCUUGCAAACA